UAUGUCCUUGAUUUAUGCCGUCAUUGUAAGAGGAAACAAUAUUACACUUGUUGAUUAUGAAUCCGUAACAAGUAAUUUCCCUUCUUUAGCAAAAAAACUAUUUGACAAACUAAAAAAGAACACUCGUUAAACAUGUGUUUAUGAAUAAAAGUAAUGAGUAAAUUUAGAUUGAAUACUAGUUAUCAUUUCCAUUACAUAAAUGAGGAUGAUUUCACUUACUUAUGUUUAGCAGAUGCAUUAUUGUCAAAAGCAACAGCAUUUGCAUUUUUAGAAGAAAUCAAAGAAUUAUUUUGUGAGAAAUUUAGUGAAAAUAUUAGAAGAUAAGCAAUUAAUUAUGGAAUGUAAAACUAAUUUGUAGAGUAUUUAAAAGCUAAAAUGGUAAUAAUAUUAUUUUGCAUUAUUUAAGAAUUAUUAUAACAAUGAUCCAGAGAAUGAAAAAAUUGUUAGAUUAUAAAAACAAUUGACAGAUGUUGCUAAUUAAAUGUCUCUAACAUUAGGUAAUAUAAAAAAUAAUAAUAAUAUUAUAGAUUAAAUAUUAGAUAGAGAAGAUUAAAUUUAGAUUUUAGUACAUACUACUUAAACUAUGACUACUUUUGCAGGAGCAAUGAAAACAACUGUAAAUCAAUUUUAUUAUCUAUUUAGGCAACAUAAGUCAGAAAAGAUCAAGAAAGUAGAGCUUUAAGAACAAAACUAUUUAUUGCUGCAGUUAUUGUUGCUAUGUUUUUGGUCAUUUAUUUGCUCUAUUGA